CGGAGCGCAGUAUUUGUGCGGACUCGAGGCGCAGAGACACUCGGUACCGUGAGAGAAAACCAAAUACGGAUUCCACUGAACCGGACAGGGACCUCCAGACGCGAAAUCCUCAUCAGCAUCGAGUCGCGUUUCCUUCAGACCUGCUGCGGUAGAGGCGAUUCAUUUAUAUGGUCCAGCAUCUUGGCAUAGACUGAUUUAUAUGCAUAUGCAUUUUUAAGAUAUAUGCCUAUACCUGCUGCUGUUUUCAUCUUUUGUGCGUGAUUAUUCGUCUAAUUAACUCAUCGAUCAAGGCUUCGUUGACAGUGGCAAUGGUAGUAGUACACACAUAGCCUUCUUCUCGUGCUGAAGGACUGCAGUGGAGGACGGGUUUCCCUGGGAUACGUUUGGUUUUUUCUUUUUUUUCUUAGCGGUGUAGUAAGGACUCGAUCAGCAUCCACUUGUGUAACGGGAACACUGAACAUGGCCGUGUUUUAUUCUUGACACCUUAACACAAACGGAGAAGAAUUUCAGGCGUUUUCCAAACCGCGCUGGGAUCCAGCAUUAUCCGGCUAUGAUGUAGACGCUCACGUCCAUACGGUCAUCAUCAGUGUUCAUUAUUGAGUAUUAAUUAGGAUCAACCCAGGGCCUUCUUGCGAUUUCUGUCAUCAAAAUGCCGGCUGGAAUGAAGCCUCUUGAAAAAUUCUUGAAGAAACAGACCAAUGCGCUCACUCGGGCGGGUGGUUUUGGGGAGAAGGCCACCGGCACCGGGGCAUCCAGGCGGCGGGCCAGCCUGUCCCGUGUGGUGCCGUUCUUCAGGGAGACGUCUCCCGAGAGCGGCCCGGCGAGGGAGGUGUUCAGCCCGGAGACCGAAGAAGCCCCGUGCUGGCCCUCCGCCACUGCGGACAUCAGGAGUCCGUCGCUGUCCAGCGACGAGCAAAGCUCCGAGGCGAGUCUGGACACGAACUGGACCCCGCUGCCCGCGGACACCGCGGAGAACCUGGCGCUGGCGCUGCUGGACAGCGUGGCGGGAAAGCGGUACACCACCUGCACAGAAAUACUCCUGGAUGACUUCAUGCUGACACACCCAAUCUUCUUGGCCCCAGACAAGUUCCAGCAGGUCUUGCUUCAGCAAUUCAGCUCAGAGGGUAAGCAGGGUGAGGGCUGGCCCGGCUGGGACGGAGCUGAGCGGAAACUUGCAGUUCUGACUGUGGCCUUCCGCUAUCUGGACACAUACAGAGACUUACUGCAGGAGGAGGGAGAUCGCUCCAACACCUUCCCAAAGGAGCUGUAUUUGUGCGCUGUUCAGGAGCUCAGCCGCUUUCCUGAACUGGUGGAAGACGUCCUGAAGCUUCAGCGCUGGACUGAGAUAUUACACAGCCCAGCUGAGGAGGACAAGGAGAGUCGCAAGAAGGCAGUCCGCCCGCUCUUCCGACACUUCAGACGUAUCGACGCCUGCCUGCAGCCCCGAGAGGCUUUCCGUGGCUCGGACGAAAUCUUCUGCAGGGUUUACACACCAGAUCACUCAUACGUGACCAUCCGGAGCCGGCUCUCAUGCCGGGUCGGAGAGAUCUUGGCUCUGGUGAAAGAGAAACUCCAGUAUAGCGAGGACCAACCCACCCAACCUGCCAACCUCAUACUGGUGGCUGUCACUUCAUCUGGGGAGAAGGCUGUGUUCCGUCCCAGCGACGAGGCCGUUUUCACCACUCUGGGCGUCAACACCCACCUGUUCGCCUGCGAGCCCGCGGAGCUCGAGAGCUUGAUACCUCUCCCUGAGGAGAUCCACUGGUCACCAGGAGACAGCAAACUCCAUGACAUGAGCGCAGAGGAGGUGGCCAAUCAGCUGGUGGUGUUCGACUGGGAACUCUUCAGCUGUGUGCACGAGGUGGAGUUUGUGUGUUACGUGUUUCACGGGGAACAGGCUCGCUGGCGCCCCCUCAACCUGGAGCUGAUCCUGCAGCGAUGCAGUGAAGUGCAGCACUGGGUCGCCACAGAGAUCCUGCAGUGCCAGUCGCUUCCAAAGAGGAUACAGCUACUGCGCAAGUUCAUAAAGAUUGCAGCCUUAUGUAAACAGCAGCAGGAUCUGCUGUCGUUCCUGGCACUGGUUCUGGGACUGGACAACCCUGCAGUCAGCCGCCUACGUCUGACCUGGGAAGGCUUGCCAGGAAAGUUUCGGAAGCAGUUUCAGCAGUUUGAGAGCGUUGCGGACCCUUCGAGGAACCACAAGUCAUACAGAGACCUUCUAGCCAGCCUGAGAGCCCCUCUCAUACCCUUCACUCCACUGCUGCUAAAGGAUCUGACCUUCCUCCAUGAGAGCUGUAAGAGUUUCCAUGGGGAGCUGGUUAAUUUUGAAAAGAUGCACAAAGUGGCAGAGAUGGUACGAAGCAUCAGGCGGUAUAGGAGCUCUCAGCUAGCAAUGGAGGUCGAGCCGUCCCCCUCUCACCUCCAGACGAAAGCGUAUGUUCGGCAGCUGCAGGUCAUCGACAAUCAGAACCUGCUUUUUGAGAUGUCCAGCAAGCUGGAGCCAAAAGACAUGUGAAGGGACCGAGCGAACCUACAAGCCAUAUCUAAAAACCUCUUGUUCCAGAUCCAAUAAACCCACACACCCAACCCUUCAUUCCCCAUUGUCGCAGAUCAACCCAGCUGGGCUGUCAAUCAUCUCAGGCUCCACCUCCAAAUCAUCAAACGAGGAAAUUUGUUCACGAAAAUGGUGUGAAUUGUGCUUUGAGUGAUUCUGUGUCAGUGUUAAUUAUGACCACGCAUAGUGGUCGGGGAUUCAUUUCUACCUUUUUUUUUCUCGCUGUUCACAACUGAAGGGAAACCUGUCCUGAUUGCACUGCCAUCAGUUGAACUGAACCAAACCGGAAUAAGCUUAAUCUGUACAAUUUGUCAUCCGGGCCUUCAGAAACACAGACUGUAUUUUGGCCAUUCAUGAACCUAAAAUACAUGAGACAAUCUGACCUCUUGAACUCUGACCUUUGGUCUUCCCUCUUCCCCUGCCGACAUUGGCACUUACUGCAACCCUGUGCAAUUGGCUGCAGUCAUUAGAUGUUAGUGUUCUGAACGAUAUGGAUCCCCAGCCAUCAAAAAUGAGUCCCGAAUCCAAGACCAGCUCCAACGUACAGGAUAUUCUAUAAUUAACCUGCUUAAUGUAAAUGAUAAAGUCACAAUACAGAAGAAAUUCACUUUCACUGGAUGUGAAAGUGAAUGUAUAGGAACUCGUUUACUGCAAAAAAUCUAUUUAUGGCAAUAUUUCUGUCUUGUUUUUGUUUUUCUUGAAACAAAAUGACAAAGUAAUAAUACAUUUAAUAUUUAAUAAAUGUAAUAUAUUGAAUAUAUGUGUUAAAUAUUAAAUAUACAAAACAUUUUGUUAGAUUUAUGCUUAAAACAAGAAGAAACAGUGGAGUAAAAUCAAAAUAUAGAUGUAUACUCGAGUCUUAAACUUGAUUCAGAUUAGGAAUAUUAAUAUAUUAUUUAAUUACAUUUAUCUUGUUUUAAGGAUGUUUAGAUAGAAAAACAAGACAAAAAUAUUGCUAAUUUUUUUGUAGUGUAGAAGCCAAAUUUAACUUUGCUCUUAAUUUAUUAAAGAUUAGUAACAGACCAAAAAAAUAAAAAUUGACCAAAUGCAGUAUUUUAUCAUUUUUUUUUUUUAACAGAACCACUUAUUCAGUGUAAUAUGCCAUUAAUAUCAGUAGUUGCUGAUGGCCCAUCUUCAUUUCAGCUUGAGCUUUACUUGGUCAAGCACUUGUUUUCAGAUUGCCCUUGUGUUUUUUUGAAUGGGCCCGGUGUGAAUUUAAUUCUCAUAACUGGAAAAGUGUUUAUUUGCACCCAAGUUUACUCAAGAAUGACCCCAAGCUGAAAACGGGCUCUGUACGGGACGACUUGUCUUGGAUUGGACUCUCUCAGGAUCUCCUCCUGAGGUCAUACAAAGGAUGGCCUGUAAGGCUGCACUGUACAUAUGUCAUGUAAAUAGCAAAAAUAAAUAUGAAUAUGACUCUAUUUUAUGUAAGAGCUAUGAGAUGGACUCUCAAGAAGAAUAUUUGUUUUGUAAAUCUAAGAAAAAAAACAUACGUGUACAGUUUAAAAGGCGACGGCCCAGACAGAGUCUGUGGUUUGCGAUGAAAGAAUUGUAUAGCAUAUUCGCUGGUUUUUGUUGUUUUGGUUUGAUAUCAUUUCUUAUCCAUUACAGAUGACCUGUACAUAUCCUCUGUUUUGGUUGCAUAGUUUUUUUUUGCGUCGUCUGUCUGCAAUGGAUGAAUUGUACAGCAUGUAGGUGGUUUAGUUGGAUUUCGCUGUUUUUAUUUGGUCAAAGUUUCUCAUUUGUUUUUAUUUGAUCUUUUUAAAGCGGGUAUUCUCUUGUUGUUUUUUGGUUUUGUACAGAAGUCCGUGUUUACAGUGCGAUUAUCUGAAACUCAGACAUGUCCAAUGAAAGACACGGAGGGCGGGGCAUGCAAUAUUGCCCCGCCCCCUUUUCUUGACAUGAGUCAAAGAUGCAUCUAAAAUAAAGCCUCUUGUGAUGAGCACUCGAGACGUUCUGCCUCACUAAGUGUGUACAUGGUACAAGAAUGCUGUUUUUUUUUUCUUAAAACCAAAAAACUUUCUAGAAAAUUAUGAUUAUUAUGAUCGAGUUUCAUAUUACUAUCGUUUUUUGUUUUCAGUCAAACAAGACCGGUUCAUUCAAUUAGCCUAACUGUGACUUGCUCUGACUGUAACAUUUGAAUCUGCUGCAGUCAGUUUAGUCGAAUUCAACACGAACCAUUCAAAUCGGUUUAUUCUUUGAAAAGAAUCGACUCAGAAGAAUGAUUCAAACACGAUUCCGACAUUGCGGAUUUCUUUAAAAUGACGAAGGCCGUCUUUUUCCUAACAUGUAGUGCGUAGCUUGGAUCCAUUUAACAAAUAAUAAUAAAAAUAAUAAAUAUUAGUGCUGCCAAAUGAUUGAUCGCGAUUAAUCGCAUCCAAAUUAAAAGUUUUUGUUUACAUUAUGUGUAUACUGUGUCUAUACUGUGUAUAUAU